AUGGAGGAGGAAAAGGACUUCGACGAGCUUCAGUCUGAUAUCGAAGAUGAGGACGACACCCGGACGUUCCACAUAGGCGAACGCUUGACCAUGCCGAAGGCUAGGCUAUACACAACUCUAGAACUGCAUACUCUGGUGCAUGAAGGCGUCAUCGACCUGUGUCCAGCAUAUCAACGAGAUAUUGUCUGGACAGAACCGAAGCAGAUGAAGCUCCUAGACUCCAUAUAUCGCAACUACUACGUGCCACCAAUCGUGUUCGACGUGUACAAGGACGAUGAUGGCGAAACGGCCAUGCGAUGUGUGGAUGGGAAACAAAGGCUCACGUCUAUUCAGAAGUUCCUCGACGGCCAGGUUCACAAAGAUCCUAUAACCAAAAAGAACUGGUAUUAUACGCGUGCACAAUCCCACAAGUCUUCGCGGCUGGAGGUACCAGAAGACUGGAAGCGAGAUUUCGCCUCCAAGCAACUUACAUGCGUGCAAUACUACGACCUACCGAAAGGCAUGGAUCGCGACAUUUUCCAACGAGUACAACUGGGUGUUCCUCUCACUGCCGCAGAGAAACUGCAAGCCAUUGAUUCCCCCUGGUCAGACUUCAUCACCGAGCUCGACGACCGUUACAUCAACUGCGACAAUGGGCUGACGACGAUCAUCGACGUCGACAUGAAGCGCGGGCGCGACUUCCAGACCCUCGCGCAGUUCGUGUUCUGCUGCAAACUCUACCCCGAGCGCGCCGUGCCGACCGCGCAGAAGAUGGAGCAGUUCGUUGCGAGCAUGGAGCCGCCCGAGAGCUGGUUCAAGACCGCGCUCAAGGAGGCGCUCACUAAGUUCUGGCACAUCGGCUCCUCGAAGAGGCUCAACUAUGGAUUCAGCUCGAUACAGAAGCGUGUGGCGCCGGUCGAGUUCGUCUUCAUCGGUGUAAUCCUAUACAUCCUGCGCGACUGCCCCGAAGAGGUCUGCGCAGAGGAGAUCUACAACAUGCGUGCGCACGUCCGGAAGCAAUUCCCAGACGUCCGCGCACGCGGGGACAUCAUCAGAUGUCUGUGGGGCUUCAUCGCGCAGGUUGUGGAGCGCCAGGACGACGCGCCUCCGCCCGUGUCUGCCAAGAGGCGGGCGUCCGGCCACAAACGGGGCAAAUACUACGAGGGCAGCGAGGAUGACGACGACAUGAAUACGCAGACGGGUACCAGAGGUGGCAAAAAGUCCAAGGGUCGGAGAUAGUCUGGCAUGGUAGUGAUGUAUGACUCGUCCUUUUGAUGUGUAUAGUUAGUUCCUGGUAGUCGCAGCACCCCAUGUCCUGUCCUAUAGCCCGCAAACUACCAGGUCUCGUUUUAUGUAUACAGAAGUCGCAUAUUAUUGUUUUGUACAUGCUCUUCGCACGCCGUGUUUUGAUAGCGCCACUGUAACAGAUUCGUCUCUCCCUUCCAGCCUUAUAGUUAUGUCAGUCAACUACACGCCGUGUGAGCUAUCGUCGUAGUGAAAGAGCGUCCAAACGCCGGGCUCCCUAUUCCCCUCCCACUUCAUGUUCAGGCCUUCCGACGGGUUUCGCACUGAGCCGGGUCAAUAGGGCG